AUGGCGCUAAAUUACAAAGCGAAAUGCAAAGGUUAUUCGAGAAACAUGCAUCGUAGUUAAUGGUAGAAGUAAAAACAGUUGUGAAGUUUAUCAUGGAGAUUGUUUGUUUGAAUAUGUGACGUGUGAUAUAUAUAAUAAUGUUGCAUAGCAUCGUUGGAGUGACGUUCAUAUUCAAUACUUGUAAAAGUGUUCUUUAAACCUAAUGUCAUUAAAAAGAGUACAUCUUUGUUUACUACGCAGAUAAAUUAGAUUAAAAAUGGCAGAUGUCAGGUUGCUCAUACAAGAAGAAGGUCGUGCAGCUAGAAAUCUAAUUGCUUUUAAUGUACCAGUUGGCACAAGUAAUACAGAGAAAGUAACAAGGAAACCACCUAGUGUACCGAGAGUGGUUCAAUCUGGAUCUAUGAAGAGAUCUAUGAAACCAGCCUCCAGAGUUAGAUCGGCUUCCACUGGUCGAGACAAAAAGUCUGAAUUACAAGCUCGCUAUUGGGCUUUUUUAUUUGGAAAUUUACAAAGAGCGGUUGAUGGUAUUUAUCAAACAUGCGAAGAGGAUGAAAAUAUUUCUGAAUGCAAGGAAGUUAUUUUGGUGUUGGAAAAUUAUACAAAAGACUUCCAUAAUUUAAUAGAAUGGUUUAAAGUUAAAUGGGCAUAUGAAAAUUCACCACCACCAUUAAGACGUACACCAUUAGCAUGGGAAGUAAGGAAGACAUCACCUUGUCGUAUCUGGAAUUCAACAAUAAUUCCAAAAUCUACUAGCCCGUUACAAAGGAUAAGCCCACCGGAAUCAACUUGCAGAAGUCCUAUUGAUCAAGUUAUUUCGGAGACCAAACCCAUGGUUACGGACAAUAAAAUAAAUCAUAUUAAAGAGGAAUCGCUGCAUAAAAUAAUAAAGGAUAAUAAGAACAAUGUAUCUAAAAAUAAUUCGACAAAUAUUAAAGAGAAAAGGAAGAACGUGAUAGAGAGAGGUGCGAAUCAAUCGUCCAACAAAGAAAGAUCUGUAGCAUCCAAAACUAGCUCUAUUAACAAAGUUCUAGUAAAGCCUGCAUUAAAUGCAAAAGCUAAUGGAAAUAGUUUAAUAGAUAAUAACAAAUCAACGAGCGAAGAUGGAUGCGAUUCUAAAAUUAAGGCAGAUACAAGAAACGUUGGAAAACAGAGUAAAAAUUCAUUGCAAAAUAUAAGUACUUUAAAAAUAUUGGAUUCGAAUUUAUCGAUUGACAAACAAGCUUGUAUUAAUAAUAAGAAUACGAAAUCAAGUAUUUAUCAAAACAUGGAAUCCAUGGAUAAAACGAUUAAGGAAAACGAAACGAAUAGUAAACUUUGCAGUCGAAGUAAAUCGGAGAUCACAUUAACAGCUAAUAAAAAAAAUACAGAAUUAAAAACAAAUGAUAUUAAUACCAAAGCCACGAAACAGAACAUAGACAAUAAUGAAAGUAAAAUAAUUCUAGAAAAUGUAAACGUCGAUAAUAAAAUAAUACAAGUUAAUAAUAAUAAUAAAUUGCAAAUGCAAAAUAUCGAUACGACGGUAGCCUCGAAGAAUGCGAAAAAUACGAUAGAAUCAAAUAAUAAAGUAAAGCAGAAAACAAAUAAACAAUUUAUAAAUACUGACAAAGUAGAUAAUAAAUUAAUUAACAAAUGUUCAAAUAAAGAGAUAAAUAAUACGAGCCAAGCAGCAUAUUCAACGGUAUCAUCGCGUAGACGACCAAACGAACAACAAACAAUUAAUUUACCAGAAACACCGAAAUUUAUUAGAAGCAAAACAACUUUGAAUGAGAGAACCGUAUCGUCUGCGAAUAAAGCCAGACCAGGAACAUCUGUUAUAAUCAGACGUCGACCUCAGCAAGUAGAAAGAAAGGGUAAUAAAAUUUUGUCGACAAAAAAUCAAGAGAGUGACAUGAACGGUUCAGUAGAAGUAUUAACGAAACAACCGAGUAAUGUUAAACCAAAAGACGAAGGUGAUGGCUGGCAAACUGUACGAAGUCGCUACAGAAGAGGGAGUACUCACAAUUUAAAUAUGUCUACGCGUUUUCACAAACCAAGUACGGCCACAUCAUUGCCAGCUUUAUCCAUAGAAAGUCCUUCUGAAAGAAACAAAAAGAAUUGUUUAACACCCGAUGGGAAUAAAUAUAAGAAAAAGUGUAUGGUAGGAAAGGCUGGGAAAAAUAUAAAUAACGAGGUAGAAAAAGUCAAAGGAGAAUCAAAUUUGAACGGUAAUAAAGUUAAUAAAACUAUUUGGGAUAGCAGCAAUGUGAUGAAAUUUCCAUUGUCGAUAAACGACACUAAUUCAACAUCGAUGAUCGCAGCUAUAUUCAAAAGCGACGCAGAGUUGCUUGAAAAACGUAUACAGCAGUUUAUGGCUGCCCAAGCUGAGAGAGAACGUAUUAUUUUAGAAGAGGAAAGAAAGACUGAAGAAGCGGAUUCUCAAAGAUCGCAACAGUUGUCGGACGAAGAAGCUUCUUUGCAAAGGCAAAUUUUAGAAUUAGAAUCUACCGAGUUCGACAUCGACACGGAAACUGAUGAAACUGAUGGGGAAAUGGUUCUCGAGAUAGAGGACGAACAAUCGGUAGUAAUCGAUGUUGUUUCCGAUGAUAUUAGUUUAGAAGAUAGAUACGAAAAUAUGUUGGAAGGCAUGUCAUGGGCAGAACGAGUCGACGUUCUCGCACAGUUGCAAGCACUCGUAGCACGCCAUCCUGGAAGAGCUCUUGAACUGCAUCAAAAAUUAUCUUCGCCAUCCAGAAAACGAUCCUUACCUGAAACCUUACGCAGAUAUCAAGCAAAACAAGCGUGUGCGCAACAUAAACGUCAAAAAUUAUUGAUGGAGAAGUCGCAAAGAUUACGGGAAUUAUUGAACAAAGUUGAGGACGUGAAGAGUGCUAAAAGUCAAUUGAUAGAAGACAAGAGAAUUAGAAUGGAAAUGAAACUUAAGAGAGCAGAAGAAAAUAGAACACAACAUUUGCUGGAAAUAGUAAGGAAAGCUCAUGACGAGGAUUCGAAAUUAAAAGAAAUCGCGUUUAUCAAUGAACUCGAAGCACAAAAUAAACGACAUGAUUUUAUGGCAUUGUGUCAAGAACAGGAGGAGCGAUUGCAGGGUAUACAAGAAGAACGUCAAAGACGUCAGGAAGAGAAAGCUGCAAAAGAAGCCGCUGCUGAGGAACGUAGGAGAGCAUUGGAAGCUGAAAGACAAUUGCGUAUACAAAAAAUGAAACAGGCUAGACGCGAACGAGAAGAGAGAGUUGGGAAAAUGCAGCUUGAAAGAGUGAAGGAACGUCAGGAACUUGCGAGAGAAAAGGCUCGAGAUCGCGAAGAAAGAUUAUCAGCCCUUCACGCGGCUCAAUUAGCUAAUCAAGAGGAAUUACAAAAAAAGAUAGCUCAUAAACAACAGGAGUCAGCUAGAAGGCAUGUUGAAAAUAUAGAACAUAUUCGUCAAAGGGCUGUCGAGUCGUCUAUUUUAAGAUCGGAAGAAGUUCCACCUACUCUCAAAUCUUAUCCCAUUCAAAAGCAGUGUUCGCUCUGUGAUACAAACAUAACGAAUGAAGUACAUCUCCUGAGUCAUUUGAAAGGAAAAACUCAUCUCGAAGCUGUACGUAACGCACACGACGGUAGAGAACCAUCGAGAGACGAAUUACAACGAUUCAACAUAGCUCAAAUACGUGACGUAUUAACACCAACGUCCAAUAAUGUAACUUCGAACGAUAAUAAGGCGUUGAAGGAAAAACAGAAAGCCUUGAAACGCCGUUGUAGGAAAAUAAAACAACGUAUAACUUCUCGCGGUCAGGAAUGGGAAAACGCACAGAAAAACGAUAGUCUUCCUUUGAUCGUCGUCGAGUCUACCAACAAAGUUAAAUUUCGACGAAAUUUAAAGGAGUUGGAUAGAUUGUAUAAUUAUUUGAAAAGUUCCGGGUCCAGCAUCGCCGUAGCUACUUUGGAACGUUGCUUUGGUGAAAUUGUUCGAGCUUUGUCAAAAUCAUGUCCAUUUGAUCAAGACGCGUUAAGAUCACUGAACGGAUUCGACAUUUUGACAAAUCUAUUAAGUUUAAGCUUGAACAUUCAAAAUUCGUCCCAAUGUUUACCAAACAAGAGCAUAAUUUCGUUAUGCAAAGUGUACAAGUCCGGUAUAAGCGGGAAUGCAAACAACAUCGAAGUGAUUCUGUCGAGCAACAAGGUUCUCGUGAUUUUGGAUCUUCUAUUACAACGUUUGGAGACUUUAAUCGAUCUAGACGACCACAUACAAGCACAGGAAACAAUCGGUAAUUCGACAGGAAAUAGCAUCGUGGCUUCUGGAGUGGCACAGUUGCUUUGUAGUUUGAUCCCCGAAGAGCCCUUCGAGAAGCAAACGUUGCAGAGCCGAGUACAGGAUAUCGCUGGAUAUUUGGUAGCAGGUGGUCUUAUCGAUAAAGUUGCGCUUCACGCUCGCGCCCUCAUCGAGGCGGAUUUUUUUUUGGACCAAGAACACGAAUCACCAUUGCUGUUAGCCUCCUUCGAUCUUUUAUCGCGUAUUUGUUAUCAUUUGAAACGUACGACGACCACUCCCGACAAUCCUAUCGUUCAUAGUGGUGGUAGCAGCAGCGGCAAUAAUAAUAAUAAUAAUAAUAGUAGUAAUAAUAAUAAUAGUAACGAAAAUAACGAACAAACGACGAGUACGGAGACUCAUCUGAUUUCGAGUUUGUUUACCUCCGAGGCAGCUGGCGCGAUCGGUGCUCUUUAUGCAGCAGUUGCAUUGAACACGGUUAAUCAAAAAGGAUCCUCGCCUACGCCGAAUCAAACGAUGCCUUCGAUUGCUACGAGAAUGUUGAUCGUUCGUGGACUUGGAUUACUCAAGGCUUUCGCUGAACUCGAUCUUCAAAGGUUCCAGAAUCUUCUAGGAUCGGAAGGAACGAGUUUGCAGUGGCGAUUGAUAACGAGUCAAGUGAUAACCCGUCUAUCACGAGAUCCGCUUACGGAAAAAUCAAGUUCUAGUACUACUAGUAACAACCUGAACACCAGCGGUACUUACAUCCUAUCGGAAUUGUUCACGGUUCUUGGAUAUUUUGCUGUUAACAAUUCGGAAAAUCAGUUGAUCCUCCAAUCAGCCGGAGCUGGACCAAGCGUUCUUCAACAAUUUUGUACAUUACCCUUCCCAUUUUAUGGCGAUCCAAGGUUAACGCCAUACACAUUAGCCGCAUUACUGGCAGCUACGCAUUGCAAUCCGGAGGCUAAGGCAAUUUUAUCUUGCGAAUUAUCUUAUCAGCUUCUGGAAGAGUACAGAAACUCCGAGGAAGGUAAACUGAAUCCUCUGGUACGUUUACUGAAGGAUCCUUCUAGUCCUUGAUAUCGAAAAGGGUUUUGAUUAGUUUGCUUUUCUAUUCGUUAGAGCAUAGAAACACAUAGAAAAAUAAUCGUUCGUUACCAUAUUAAGCGUAAUUUCGUUCGUUCAUUUUUCGUCUAUAGUAUUGCGAGUCUCUCUUUCUUUCUCUCUCUUUCUCUCGCACGUGAGAGUAUUAAAAAAAAAAAAAGAAACAAAAAAUAUAAUAAUAUAACAAUUAUACGAUACAUACAUUACGUUACGCGUGCAUUCACAUAAUCGUUUCGCGAAUUUCAGCAAGUCUUAAGGCUGGUUCCUCGAGACGAACAAUUGUUUCAAUUAAUUAAUUAAUUAAUUAAUAAAUUUAUUUAUUAUUAUUAUUAUUAUAACUUUUCUUUACGUUUAUCAACGGGUCAUACUCCACAUUCAGGUCGUCAAUUUAAUAGUCUUCUAAUAUGAUUAACGAGUUAUUUAUAUCCGUUGAAAGAGAAACUCCGGUGCCACGCGUGUUUACAGACGAUUUUGUUCAUAUUUUUUCUUCUUUUUUUUUUAACGUCUUCGUCCUUCGCACACUAUUAAAAUGAAUUAACGUAAAUGCUUCGAUGGCUACGAUGCUGCCUAUGUAACUCGAGAAAAAUUACAAAUAAUCCGCGGAGAAAAUCGGAGGAAAGAGGAAAGGAGAGGAGAAAAAAAAUACUUUGACGGUUACUAGCGAUUAGAAAUGGUAGGAAAUAUUAAUUAGAAACAAUUUGUACGAGGAUACAAAAUUUAACGGGUUCGAUUCGAACAGUUUCAAAAUGAAGAAGAAGAAGAAGAAAACAAUGGUUAUAUUUUGAAUAUCUGUCAUAAGUUAAAAAAAUGAUUUUAUUUGAUUUGAUUAAUCGUUGGAAUCGAGCUCGUACAUUUUUGAAUCUAGUCCUUUUUCACAGCUGAUGAUGAUCGUACAUCAUUUAGACGUCGUAUUAACAGCACAUAGAAAUACACAGAUAUAUAUACGAGUAUAUAUAUAUAUAUAUAAAACGCAUUGGUACAUAUAUAUAUUUAUAUAUAUUUCCUUAUAUAAUCCGCUUUUUCGUGGUAGAAUAAUAAAGCUCGCGAGAUGAGUGAAGAACGUGUCUUCUAAACAAAAAAUUAAAAUAAAAUAAUAAUAAUAAUAAUAAUAAUAAUAAUAAUAAUAAU